GCAGCCAUUAAAAUGCUGACAAUAAGUCAAGUUCUUAUAGCCUUGGCUGUAUUUCUUCUAAUUAUGCAGUUUUUUAAGUUGCAACGAGUACGGAGACGGCUUCCUCCUGGACCAAUCCCUCUCCCAGUUUUUGGGACCUUGAUACAGAUGAACUUUCAGUUUAAUCGUGAUCUCCUCAUGAAGCUGGCAAAAAUUCAUGGCAACAUAUUCACCUUAUGGUUUGGAUGGGCCCCAGUGAUCGUACUGAAUGGGUUUCAGGCAGUUAAGGAUGGUAUGACCAUGCACCCUGAAGACGUUUCUGGGAGGCUGGUGUCUCCUUUCUUCAGAGCAAUGGCCAAAGGAAAAGGGAUUAUGUUGGCAACUGGUCACACCUGGAAGCAGCAGAGAAGGUUUGCACUGAGGACUCUACGCAACCUUGGUCUGGGGAAAAGAGGUCUGGAGCAUCGAGUUCAAGAAGAGGCCCACUACCUGGUAGACUUCUUUGCAAGUAUGAAAGGGAAACCCCUGGAUCCUUCUUUCCCUCUCGUUCACUCUGUCUCAAAUGUAAUUUGUGCUGUUGUUUUUGGACAUCGUUUCUCCAGAGAGGAUGAAACCUUCCAUGAACUGAUUAGAGCCACAGAGCGUCUAUUCAAAUUUGGAGGCAGCUUUAUUCAUCAUCUGUAUGAAAUCUUCCCCUGGCUGAUGUGCCAUCUCCCUGGUCCUCAUAAGAAGGCGUUGUCUUGCUAUGAUGUUCUGAGCUCUUUUACAAGGAGAGAGAUCAGAAUGCACACAGAGCGUGGGAUACCAGACGAACUGCAGGAUUUCAUUGACUUUUACCUGGCUCACAUUGAAAAAUCCAAAGAUGAACCCAGGUCUACAUACAAUGAAGACAACAUGGUUUAUUCUAUAAAUGACCUUUUCUUGGGUGGAUCAGAGACAACAAGCACUACUUUGAACUGGGGCCUGCUCUAUAUGGUGGCAAAUCCAGACAUCCAAGAGAAAGUGCAGAAGGAGCUGGAUGCCGUUCUGGGUCCUUCCAAGUUAAUCUGCUAUGAGGAUCGGAGAGAACUGCCCUACACAAAUGCUGUGGUUCAUGAGGUUCAGCGCUUCAGCAAUAUUAUCUCAGUUGGCAUGCCCAGAGUGUGUGUGAGGAACACUACAUUGCUCGGCUUUCCCCUCAAAAAGGGCACCAUAGUUCUUCCAAAUAUUGCUUCAUCUUUAUAUGACCCAGAGCAGUGGGGAACACCUCGACAGUUCAACCCGGGUCAUUUCUUGGAUAAGGAUGGAAACUUCGUGUGCCAGGAAGCCUUUUUACCAUUCUCAAUCGGGCACCGUGUAUGUUUGGGGGAGCAUCUAGCAAGGACCGAGCUCUUCAUUUUCUUUGCCAACCUGCUGCGGGCAUUCACCUUCCGGCUCCCUGAGGGAGUGACGAAGAUCAACACAGAACCCAUUUUGGGGGGUACGCUGCAGCCCCACCCGUACAGGGUUUGUGCCAUUCCACGCUAG